AUGUCAUCAUCGCUACAGUCUAUUUUAUCUGACGAAGCUAAAUUUGAUAAGGCCUCUAGAACUGUGUUUGACUCAGUAGACAGUGAUAGAUCAGGAAGAAUUGAUAAAAGAGAACUUAUAAUAAAAUGGCUAUGCAGAGGUGUUUUCUCAAACAAACCUUUCACUAUCCCCAAUACCAAUAUAGAAUACCGCAUAGGGUAAUUUAUUGGAAUUUGAAGAAAUGAGACAUAUGGUUUUUACUGCCUAACACACCUGAGACGGGUAGCCAGCCAAAUUUUGGCGAGGUCAAAUCCGACCUGCCAAAGCUUUUCUGGCUUUUUUUGGGUGUUCUGGAAUAUUUGAUGAGACAAGAUGGCUGCUGAGGUCAGAGCUUGGGAGUUAAAAGGGUAGGCUUCGGUCUAAAAAUUUCGACUGAAUAAAGCACAACACGUUAAAAUCUAAGAUAAUAAGUAAGUAAUAUAAAAGAGAACUUGGAAAUGCACUGAUUACUUUUUCAAAGGAAGCUGGAAUCAGUCCACCAUCACAAGUGGAUAUUGAUAAAUCAUUUACCCAGUUAGACCUUGAUAGAAGUGGAGAUAUUGACUAUAAUGAAUUUAAAGUCUAUAUGAGAAGACUAUUGGAAAAAAUGAAAUAA